CAGCUCUGCCACCGGCUCAAAAUCUGGUCACAUUUGGCUCGUGGACAGCGUGCGCAAAUAAGAUUUAGGAUCCCUCGUUCAGUUUCUUCCCUCCAGCCCACUCAUCAGCUAGUUUGCUGCCAUUUGAAAGCUAUUGAAAAGCCAUUAACAGGCAGGACUGGGAGAGCCGCAGUGCAGCACACCUCUGUGCAGAAUGUGGCUGCUGUGAGCACCAAUUAGAGCGGACUAUUCCCGGGACCGUGGCACCAGGAGCCCUGUCAAUCAGCCGCGCUACAAUAGCACGUGCAGCCGUGGUGGCUGCAGAUCCACGGAGAGGCUUAGCUGAACUCCAGCUGCUGAAUGAGAAUGAGUUCGAAGCUUUUUUGCACGAUCAUGGAACAGAGCCUUGGUUCCAUAAUGCAUCCUGAGGUAAACUGUUACCUGAGUCAGGGCUCUAAAUAAUGCAUUUCCUGGGGACUACAGUUGUAGCAGAAGAGAAUGCUGGAACCCAUAGCAAGAUUGCUGUCUGAGAUGGAAAGAUGUCUCACUAUCAUUUUAUCAAGUGCUGUUGCUUUCAGCUAUGCAACGUUUUUCGAACCCAUGAAAUGGAAAUUGACCAGUGCUUGCUGGAGUCGCUUCCCCUGGGCCAGCGACAGAGGCUGGUGAAGCGUAUGCGCUGUGAGCAGAUCAAAGCCUACUAUGAAAGAGAGAAGGCUUUUCAGAAGCAGGAAGGAUUCCUGAAAAAGCUGAAGCAUGGGAAGAAUCAAAAAGUUCACUUCAACCUUGCCGACAUGAUACAGGAUGCAAUUAUCCACCAUGAUGACAAAGAAGCGCUGCGGCUCCUGAAGGAGGGCGCGGACCCGCACACCGCCGUUUCCUCCGGAGGGUCCCUGCUGCAUCUGUGUGCUCGGUAUGAUAAUGCCUUCAUUGCAGAGAUCCUGAUUGACAGAGGGGUCAAUGUCAACCACCAGGAUGAAGACUUUUGGACACCAAUGCACAUCGCCUGUGCUUGUGAUAACCCUGAUAUUGUCCUGCUGCUUGUAUUAGCUGGAGCCAACGUCCUUCUCCAGGAUGUUAAUGGAAAUAUCCCGUUGGAUUACGCCGUAGAGGGGACAGAAUCUAGCUCUAUCCUGUUGACCUACCUGGACGAAAAUGGAGUGGAUCUGACCUCGCUGCGCCAGAUGAAACUCCAGAGACCGUUGAGCAUGCUAACGGAUGUCAAACACUUCUUAUCAGGUGGUGGAAAUGUCGACGAGAAAAAUGAUGAAGGAGUAACUCUGUUACAUAUGGCGUGUGCGAGUGGUUACAAGGAGGUGGUGUCUCUUCUCCUGGAACACGGUGGGGACCUGAAUAUAGCAGAUAAUCAAUACUGGACCCCACUCCAUUUGGCAGCAAAGUAUGGCCAGACCAACCUGGUGAAGCUGCUUCUGACGCAUCAGGCAAAUCCGAACCUUCUGAACUGCAACGAAGAGAAGCCCUCAGAUAUCGCCGCCUCUGAGUUUAUCGAGGAAAUGCUGUUGAAAGCUGAAGUUGCCUGGGAAGAAAGGGUAAAAGAGCGUUUAUCUGUUCCUGCUGUGGCCUCCGAGGAGCCCUAUGAAGAGAUCCUCCAUGACCUCCCGGCUCUCUCCAGCAAGCUCAGUCCCCUGGUGUUGCCAAUUGCCAAGCAAGACAGUAUGUUGGAGAAAGACAUUAUGUUCAAAGAUGCCGCAAAAGGUCUCUGCAAGCGACAGUCUCAAGACAGCAUCCCUGAAAAUGCUACCGUGAAUGGCCCCAGCAAACCUGAGCAGGUCAAGCUGAUGCCUCCCGCUCCCAGUGAUGACCUGGCAACGCUCAGCGAGCUGAAUGACGGCACCCUGCUUUAUGAAAUUCAGAAGCGCUUUGGGAACAAUCAGAUAUAUACUUUUAUUGGAGACAUACUCUUGCUUGUUAACCCAUUCAAGGAGCUUCCAAUUUAUUCCACCAUGGUGUCUCAGCUGUACCUCAGCAGCACGGGCCAGCCCUGCUCCACCCUGCCGCCUCACAUCUUCUCCUGCGCCGAGAGAGCCUUUCACCAGCUUUUCCAGGAGCAGCGGCCCCAGUGCUUCAUUUUUAGUGGAGAAAGAGGAUCGGGCAAGUCUGAGGCCAGCAAACAAAUCCUGAGACACCUCACUUGCAGAUCCGGCUCCAGCAGGCCCGUGUUUGAUUCCAAAUUUAAACACGUCAUGUCCAUCUUGGAAGCCUUUGGACACGCCAAGACAACGCUUAAUGAUCUGUCCAGUUGCUUCAUAAAGUACUUUGAGCUACAGUUCUGCGAGAGGAGGAAACACUUAACUGGAGCCAGAAUUUAUACAUAUAUGCUUGAGAAAUCCAGACUUGUUUCGCAACCUGUUGGCCAGAGCAAUUUUCUCAUUUUCUACUUGUUGAUGGAUGGGUUAUCUGCUGAAGAAAAAUACGGACUUCACCUUAAUAAUUUAUGUGAGCACCGGUAUUUGAACCAGACCCUACCAGAAGAUGUGUCAACAGCAGAACACUCACUGAACAGGGAGAAAUUCGCUAUUUUGAAACAAGCCCUGAGUGUAAUCGGCUUCAGUCACUUGGAGGUAGAGAAUCUGUUUGUGAUCCUGGCAGCAAUAUUACACAUUGGAGACAUUCGAUUCACUGCUCUGACCGAGGCCAACUCUGCAUUUGUCUCUGACCUCCAGCUUCUGGAACAAGUGGCCGGAUUGUUACAAGUGCCAACCGACGAAUUGGUGUGUGCUCUCACCACUGACGUCCAGUAUUUUAAAGGAGACACCAUCAUACGGCGACAUACCGUGGAGAUGGCUGAAUUUUACCGGGAUCUCCUGGCCAAGUCCCUGUUCAGUCGUUUGUUCAGCUUCUUGGUGAACACCAUGAACUGUUGCCUCCACAGUCAAGAUGAGCACAGCAGUCCACAGAACUUGGAUAUUGGAAUACUGGACAUCUUCGGUUUUGAGGAAUUUCAGAAGAAUGAAUUUGAACAACUUUGUGUCAACAUGACCAACGAGAAGGUGCACCACUACAUCAAUGACGUGCUUUUUCUACGCGAGCAAACAGAGUGUGUACAAGAGGGAGUUACCAUGGAAACUGCUUAUUCUCCUGGUAACCAGACUGGAGUUUUGGAUUUUUUUUUCCAGAAGCCAUCUGGAUUUCUCUCUUUAUUGGAUGAAGAAAGUCAGAUGAUUUGGUCAAUGGAACCAAAUCUUCCCAAAAAGCUACAAAGUCUCCUUGAAUCCUCAAACACAAAUGCAGUCUAUUCCCCCAUGAAGGAUGGGAACGGGAAUGUGGCGCUCAAAGACCAGGGCACAGCGUUCACUACCAUGCACUACGCGGGAAGGGUAAUGUAUGAAAUUGUUGGAGCAAUUGAAAAAAAUAAAGACACCCUCUCACAGAAUCUUCUGUUUGUAAUGAAAACUAGUGAAAAUGUCGUGAUCCAUCAUUUGUUCCAGUCGAAACUGUCACAGACAGGAUCCCUCGUGUCUUCCUAUCCUUCUUUUAAGUUCAGAGGCCAGAAAUCCAGCCUGCUCAGUAAGAAAACGGCAGCUUCUGCGAUUAUUGGAGAAAACAGGAAUUAUCUAGAACUCAGUAAGUUAUUAAAGAAGAAAGGAACUUGUACAUUUCUUCAAAGACUGGAACGGGGAGGUCCGGUCACCAUUGCAUCACAACUCAGGAAAUCUCUAACGGAUAUCAUUGGAAAACUUCAGAAACGCACUCCGCACUUUGUUCAUUGCAUCAAGCCCAAUAACUCAAGGCUGCCAGAUACUUUUGACAAUUUUUAUGUGUCCGCUCAGCUACAAUAUAUUGGAGUCCUGGACAUGGUGAAGAUCAUCCGAUAUGGAUUCCCUGUUCGCCUUUCCUUCUUGGAUUUCCUGUUAAGGUACAAGCCAUUGGCCGAUACGCUCCCGGGCGCGACGCAGCCGCUGUCUGCCGAGGAGAAGUGUCGCCUUGUUCUCCAGCGGUGCAGACUGCAAGGCUGGCAGAUGGGAGUCCGAAAAGUGUUUCUAAAAUACUGGCACGCCGACCAGCUCAAUGAUUUGUGCCUACAGCUGCAGGGAAAAAUCAUAACCUGCCAAAGAGUUGUAAGAGGAUUUCUAGCACGCCAGCACUUGCUUCAGAAAAGGAGCAUCAGACAGCAAGAGGUCACAUCCAUCAACAGCUUCCUGCAGAUUACAGAGGACAUGGGCUUGAAGACCUACGAUGCCCUGGUCAUUCAGAAUGCUUCCGACAUUGCACGUGAAAAUGACCGGCUGCGGAACGAAAUGAAUGCUACUUACCAUAAAGAGAAGGUGGAGACCAGACACAAGCCGGAGGAAGGAACCAAAAGGGCUGAAGACAAGGCUGGACCCAGGCAUUUCCACUACAGCUCCGGCCCGGUCCCUGUGGCGGUGGACGGCCUGAUCCAGUCUCUGGCGGGCCCGUCCACUCGGUCUCCUUCUCUGCACUCGGUGUCCAGCCUGGAGGACAGCAGUGGCCUCCCCUCGCCACGGAAACAGCCUCCACCCAAGCCAAAGAGGGACCCCACCACGCGGCUGAGCGCCUCCUAUGAGGCCGUGAGCGCCUGCCUGUGGGCUGCGGCCAGGGAGUCCGCCAGUGAAGUGCUCACCCGACCCCGACCUCACAGCGAUGACUACAGCACCGUGAAGAAGAUUCCUCCCCGCAAGCCCAAGCGCAGCCCCAACACCAAACUCAGCGGCUCCUCGGAGGAGAUCGCGGGCGCGCGGCGCAGAGGCGGCCCUCAGCAGCGCGCUCCGGGGGUCCCCGCGCCCCCCGCGCCCCCUGCACGCGUCCCACCUGAGCCCCGGCCUCCGCCAGAGCCCGAGCCCGAGCCCGUCUACAUCGAGAUGGUGGGCCGCGCCGGCAGCCCGGAGCAGGCGGAGGCCGUGUACGAGGAGAUGAAGUACUUCGUGCCCCCGGAGGUGUCCGCGUUGCCCCCUCUACUGAGUGACAGUCAGAACCCCGUCUCCUGGGAGGAUGGCAAGGGGGGCGGCCAGGCCGCUGGGCCCUGCAAAGACACGUGCGACAUCCCGGCCCCUUUCCCCAACCUGCUCCCUCACCGUCCCCCGCUCCUGGUGUUCCCCCCGACCCCUGUCACCUGCUCACCGGCGUCAGACGAGUCGCCCUUGACGCCCCUGGAGGUGAAAAAGCUGCCCGUGCUGGAGACCAACCUCAAGUACCCGGUGCAGGCCGAAGGCUCCAGCCCCCUGUCUCCACAGCACGCCAAGAACCAAAAAGGCGACGGGGACAGGCCGGCGUCCCCUGGCCCGCCCGCCGCUAGCGGGUCGCCCCCCACGCCGCCGCCCCCUCCAGCUCCCCUGGCCCCCCGGCCGCCUACACACUUCGCCUUUCCCCCGGAGCACCUGGGGAGCGCGGGCCUAGCGGCUUCGGCCAGCCCCGACGUGCCCAAAGCGCCCCAGCCGCCCAGCUCUGCGCCCGCGGGGGGCCCGUGCAGCUCUUUCUCCAAGGCCCCCUACUCCCCCGGGAGGGCAGCCAGGGCCGAGCAAAGGAAGGCCAGCGCCAGCCCUUCCUCUCCGGUGCCCUACAGCCCGCCGAACUGCAGAGCGCUCGGCAGCCCCCUGGACGAGCUCACCAGCCUCUUCAGCUCUGGGAGGAGCGUGCUUCGGAAGUCCGCGGCGGGGAGGAGAAUCAGGGAGCCCGAAGGUUUUGAGACUAACAUGAACCUAACUGGCCGAGAUGAUGCUGGUAGAUCAGAAAUUGCAUCUGAGACUCAAGAUAGAAAUGCAAAUAACCAUGGAAUUCAAUUAUCUAAUUCACUCUCGAGUGCUAUCACUGCUGAAAAUGGGAAUUCUGUCUCAAAUGGUUUACCUGAAGAUGAUGGAUUCUCCAGUCUGUCUGCGAUGAGCUGCACAACCGCAUCGUUUCAGAGACACAGAGAGAGCCACACCACUCAGGUAAUCCAUCAGCUGCGGCUCUCCGAGAACGAAAGCGUGGCCCUGCAGGAGCUCCUGGACUGGAGGCGAAAGCUGUGCGAGGGGAGAGAAGACUGGCAGCACCUCCUGCAGCCCUCGGAGCCCAGGGCGCCUCCCCCUCCUCCCUGCAAGAAGCCCACCCUGGGGAAGAAGCCAGAGGGGGCGUCCUGCAGCCGGCUGCCCUCGGAGCUGUGGGACUCCAGCAUGUGAGGGGCCGCGCGCCGCGGGUGCCCCGGAGGAGCUGCGCGGUCCAGGCCCGGUGCUUCCUGCACGCGUCUACACAGGGCGGCCCGAGCUCCGGGCAGAGGCCGCCGGACUCCGCGUGUGCGCGUGCGCGUGUGUGUGCGUGUGCAAGUGCGUGUGCUUGUUCGUCCUCGCCCUUGGGUGGCUCGCGCUCUGCUUCUCAGGCCCCGGGGCCCUUGGGCCCUGCGGCCCCCACCGCAGAACCCCGAGGACAGCGCCGGCGGGGCAGCGGAGGGGCGCGCCGGACGGUGUUUCUUGUUCGCCCGCCGCUCUCCCGGAAUACACUCUCCACGACCGACGUCUGAUUUCUUUGUAGGUGUUGUGUUUUACUGGCAUUACAAUCCUGAUCAUUAUUUACAUGAUUUUGACCCUGUUUUAUAACUUUAUGCAAUUGGUGGUGCUCCCUUCAAAACACAAAUUUAAAACAAAAAAUCAUUUCUAGAAUUUUCUUUCCUCCCUAUUUUUUCUUUUCUUUCUUUUUUUAAGCUAAAGGACCUAACCCCCUCGAGACUACGCCAUUGCUUUAGCUUCGCCAGUGCCAAGCCUGCACACGCAUGGACUGAGUCCCGGGUCUUGCGUCCCGCUGGCCGGGGAGGCACAUCUUUCCCGGGCCAUGUCUCUGCUCCUUGCGGAUGUCUGGGCUCCCGGUGGCACCCUCGCCUACGGGAACUCGGUGGAGCACGCGGGGCUUCGCGUUCCUGGCUGGCGCUGUGACAGCAUCCCCUCGGAGGGCUGCCCAGUCCGAAGGAGCUCGCGGAGACGCACUGCUCUGGGCAGUGACGCCGCAUCCGAGGGUGCCCGUCCCCUCGGAGCCGCGCUGCAUGGCUCACCUGCUGUAUCUCCUCACCCCUCCCGUAACACAACCGCCCCGUUUAUCCGUGUGCUUCUGCGGCAGUCGAGAAGUCCUCAGCGGUGCCAUCAGACCAUGGGGUCCUGCUGCUUGGAACUUCGUGUUCAUGCCAGCCUUUGAAAAGCCACCCUACCAAUAAAAGACACAGCGACGGUCUUCGGCGGUGUUCUUUAUUCGCGGCUGCUGCUGUCUCCCUGACCCGAGGAGCGCGGGCAGUGAAGCGGUCCUGUCCCCACGGCCCGCCUGCCUCUGUGCUCUCAGCCCUCUGCAGGCUUUGGGCGCUAGGGGUUUAUUUUAAAAUAAAGGUUUCAUGAUUAUUCAGGUAUAACUGCCAUGCAGGCAAAUGUCAGUUUUAAGAAUAAUAUGUUUGUCAUUUAGAAAUAAUUACAGGCUGCCAGAUCCAGAAACGAUUUACAUUAAAAAGGUAUUUCUGUCGUGCCAGGGGAGAAGCCCUGGGUCGGCCAGGGGGCGGAGGGGCCAGGGAACCUGUGGGCUGAAGCUUAGAUUGCGAUGCCCUUGGGAAGGCCUGGGGGAGGCAGGGUUUGCAGGCGUAGAAUCAGCUAGUUUGAAUAUUGUCGGGGCUCCAGGUCAGAGGCUGUCCCCGGUUGUCGGGUACCUGGCAGUGGGCCCAGGGAUGGGGCGGGAGUCAGUGGCUGGAGAGGGAGCUACCCAUGAGGGAGGGGGUUGGGCGUGGGCUCCUGUUUGGUUGGCGAUGUUUACU